AUGGCGGCGCCUGUUCCUAGCGUCAUAGACGACACGUCUCUAAAGAAAUCUACCGAAGAUGGCGGUCGUCUCAUUUCAGGCGAUUCUUCCUCUAAAGGCGUGCGUUUUUCUAACACUGUCGAUUCAUCUCACCCUCCGGAAGACCCCGCUCAGUUUUUCCUCAAUUUCGCCGCACAGCUAUCGACCUUCUCACAACAAUCUGGGAAGAGAGAGCGUUUGGUACGGAGACUUCGACAGCAAGAUACUUUGUUAGCGCGAGCGACUGAUCGUCAAUUUCAAUACCCUUCUUACCUAUCGAGGCGGAAACUGGCAAGAGAAGAGGAAAUGGACCAAUUGUCUAAAAUCGACGAGCAGCUUGAGCAGCAUAGAAAAAGCCAGAUAGCAUUUUCAAAAACCUUUGCUCGAAUGGUGGCAAAUAAUGAUAUGGUCAGCCAGGUGAGGCAGGACACAGAUACAUCAUUGGUCUUAGCACAGCGUGCCUUGAAAACCGCCGAAGCAGCCAUAGCACAGCAAAAGAAUAUCAACGAGGAGACAACAAUAAAGAAUAUUCGUUCUCAAUUACAAAGCCAAUUUGACAAAACGAAACAAUUGGCUCAGUCAUUAUCAGAGAACACUUCACGUCUCAAGGAGAUGUCAUCGCAAUAUGACUCACUCAAUACUCAAGUUGUCAAUAUAAGUAAGACUUCCGCCAAGAGCCCCAGUCGUGAUAUGCAAGAUAUGUCAAAAUGCCUUGAAGCGACUGAAGAAUCAUUCUCUACCCAAUGCCAGCUUCUUGAGGGCCGUAUCAGUGAGCUAGAAAACCGAAAGACGACACCCUCGUCAGAUCUUGACACCUUAAAAUCUGACAUUGAGAAUUUGUCCCGCCAGCUGGAAAAACUUCGCGAAAUCCAGGAACAGAAGGAUAAUGAAAUAGAUCGUGAAUUCCAGCGGGUAGAUACUGGGCGCGUGGAGAUCAGUGACAAACUCAGUGCAGAAUGCGCUCUUCUAAAGAAAGAGGUUGAGGCAAGGAUUUUGACCUUCGAAGAGAAAGAGACCCGGCAAAAUCUGAAUGCCGAAAUUGCCAAGAUUCACACCGCCAUCAAAUUCCAGUUUGAACGUUUAGGAGCCCAUGAUGUGGCUGUAACAUCUCUAGAAAGCCGUUAUAAUAAACUAUCAAGUGAGCCGAUUGUACGCCAAAUGGUGGCUUCUAUGCAAGAAAUGUAUCCUUAUGCAAGUACGGCUCAGAAAGAGAUUGGAGUACUUAAAGAGAACUUAAAGGAAUUAACCAAUAGGCUAAAUGCCAUCUCGGCCCAACUACAAGCUGCAGAUGCUUCUCAAGCCGCCCUAAAGAGAAUUCAGGAUAUCGAGAAAGCAGAACGGGCAACAAUGAUCAAAGAUAUGAAUUCGGAAAAAAAUCGAAUUAGCAAAUCUAUAGAGGAUGUAGUUGUCAGGCUGGGUGAGAUGGAAAAUAUCACAUCUGGGCACCUGGCGAAGGCUAUUUAUCAGUCCGAAGAAUCAUUAUCGAAAGCGAAAGCUCUGGAGGAGCGGUUAAACAUUGCGGACAAGCCAGAAUCCUUAGGUACGCUUUCUGAUACACAAUUUAACUUGACGGCCGUCACACCACCCACUCGCAAUGGAAGUGGAACAGUCCCUAUAAUAAAUGAUGAAAGUGAGAAGACGCGUCUAUCCGGAACGUCUUCGACAUCUUCACUAUCUUCCUCGAAGCGUUUAUUAGCACCCAACAUACCAAUCGAACCUAAAGGCCACCGCCAAGACUUCCGAAAUCCAUGGGAGCCUUCUGUCACCGGCCAGCCGAAUGUCCGGUCUCCGGAAGCAUAUACCAACAAUGAAGCACCACGCGCUGCGCCUUUUGGAAAUGCGCCCCUGAGCCAGAGGACAAGUUGGCCCAAUAGUGGUGAUUCACUACAGCAUCAAGCUUCAUAUCCGCGACUAGGGGGCGAUUCUUACAGGCCUUACUAUUCGCCGAGAAAGCGAAGACGCACAAAUGGGAUUUCUUCUUCAGAUGACGAUAGUUGA